AUUUAUUGUUUUUACAGAAGUUGCAAGGAAUCAAUACUCCUCACAGUCGUGCAGCCAUACCCAUCCCCCAAAUCAGCAUUUAUUAGUGCUGCCAAGAAAGCAAGGUUGAAGUCCAAUCCAGUGAAAGUUCGUUUUUCAGAGGAAGUUAUAAUAAAUGGACAGGUUUCGGAAACAGUCAAAGAUAAUUCCCUUCUAUUCAUGCCAAAUGUUCUAAAGGUGUACUUGGAAAAUGGACAAACCAAAUCCUUUCGCUUUGACAGUGGCACUUCUAUAAAGAUGUUUAUAUUAACACUCCAAGAAAAACUUUCUAUAAAGUGCAUUGAACACUUUUCCCUGAUGUUGGAACAAAGGACAGAAGGAGCUGGAACCAAACUUCUCUUAUUACAUGAACAGGAGACACUAACUCAGGUGACUCAGAGACCCAGUUCGCAUAUGAUGAGAUGUCUGUUUAGAAUAAGUUUUGUUCCAAAGGAUCCAAUUGACCUUCUUCGAAGGGACCCAGUUGCCUUUGAAUACUUAUAUGUGCAGAGUUGCAAUGAUGUGGUUCAGGAGAGAUUUGGACCAGAGUUGAAGUAUGAUAUUGCUCUGAGACUAGCAGCACUGCAGAUGUACAUUGCAACAGUCACUACCAAGCAGACACAGAAAAUCUCUCUAAAAUAUAUUGAAAAAGAAUGGGGAUUAGAGACCUUCCUUCCAUCUGCUGUGUUGCAAAGCAUGAAGGAAAAGAAUAUAAAAAAAGCACUGUCACACCUUGUCAAAGCUAAUCAAAACCUCGUCCCUGCGGGCAAAAAGCUAUCUGCUCUACAAGCCAAAGUGCACUACCUGAAGUUCCUUAGUGACUUGCGCUUAUAUGGAGGACGUGUAUUUAAAGCAAAAUUGGUUCAGGGAGAAAAGCAUUCAGAUGUGACCUUGCUAGUUGGUCCCCGAUAUGGUAUCAGCCAUGUAAUCAACACAAAAACAAACUUGGUAGCCCUACUUGCUGACUUCAGUCACGUGAAUCGGAUUGAAAUGUUUACAGAAGAUGAAAUAACAGUUAGAGUAGAGCUUCAUGUUCUUGAUGUAAAACCUAUAACGUUGCUUAUGGAAUCAUCGGAUGCCAUGAACCUUGCCUGCCUAACAGCAGGUUAUUACCGACUUUUGGUUGAUUCCAGACGUUCGAUAUUUAAUGUGGCAAAUAAAAACAUGGCCAAUCGUGACGCAGGAAAUGAAAUUCGAGCUAAACCCAAUUAUCAUGAUUGUGAUUGGAAUUACUUACCAAAAUCAUCAAUAUUUGCUUAUGAAGAAAAUCAGGAACCACAACAAAUAUUCGUAGACUUAAAACAAAGAAAUAUUGAUGUUUCUGAAAGUCCUUUACAUCACAAAGAUCACCGGAACUUGUACAUAGAAACUACUUUUAAUUCAGGAGAACUUGAUCAGCAGCUAACCAAACAAUGUGAUCACAUUGACUUAGAGAAUAGCCUUGGUAUUAACCAGUCAUCAUUACUGUCUCUCUCAGGGCUGGAACACUCUAGCACAGCACAAGAUUCUCCUAGGAGUGCAAAAGUGUCUUUUAUAUUUGGUGACCAUAACCUGGACACCAUAAACCCUCAGACACUUGGCUAUGAGAGAUUGCUGGAUGAAAGCCCUGAAAUGUUAGAUAAACAAAGUGUAAUUUACUUAAACAAUGCCAAUGACAUCAAAGACUUAGACUUAACGUCAGAUGCCCUGAAAGCAUUCAUUUUGCUGCUAAUGCUGUUUAUGCAAAUAUAUCUGAAAGUAAAAUAUUUGGGAACACAGAAGGAAUUGAAGAACCCCUGUUACAUGACAUAUGUUAUUCUGAAACCACAGAUGAUGUUGAGGACGAAGAUGAGGCAAGUUGUGAGGAAGAUAUUAUAGUGCCAGAGGAUAAUAGAACAGAUAUACUUAGCAUGUCAGGAUCCAGUGAUGAUAUCAUUGAUCUGACCUCACUUCCACCACCUGAAGGAGAUGACAAUGAAGAUGAUUUUUUGUUGCAUUCCUUGAACAUGGCUAUUGCCGCCCCUCCUCCUGGUUUCAGAGACAGCUCGGAUGAAGAAGACUGCCAGAAUCAGUCUGCUUCAGCUGUCAGUGUGUCUGUCGAUGACAUCCCUGUGUCUCUAAUAGAUGCUGUUCCAACAAACACAGAUGAAAAAUGUGAGACAACCCUAGAAGAAGCAGUAGUAGUUUCAAAUCUACAAGCAAUGCAAGACUUGGCUGUGUCAGAGGAAAUCCAAGCAGAUGACACCUCAGGUGUUACAAUAUUAAGAGCUUAUAGUCCUGAAUCAUCGUCGGAUUCUGGUAAUGAAACAAACUCCUCCGAAAUGACAGAGAGUUCGGAACUGGCUUCUGCUCAGAAACAAAUAGACAAUCCAUCUCGAGUAAUCUUUCCAACUGGUGAAGGUUACCAGCCACUGAUAGCAGAGCAGACUGAAUUUUCUCUAGCCAAGAACCAAGCAGGAUGUAUGUCUCUUAAAUGUUCCACUUCCUUAGUGAAUCGGCAAGCGGUGGAUCUCCAAUCAAAAGCUGUGCCUUCAAAACAAAUGCUUCAUUCUGAUAACAUAGAAAUGGAACCAGAAACCAUGGAGACAAAAUCUGUCACCGACUAUUUUAAUAAGAUGCAAAUGGGAUCCUUGGUGUAUGCCUGCAAAAGGAAAAAUAAACCAGAUGCAGAAAUGAAGACACAUUUUGACGUGAAUGUUACUGUCAAAAAACAAGCAGGUAAACGAACAGAAAAUGAAGGAGAAAUGAAAGCAAAACUAGAAAUGCAUCCCUCUAAAGACUGUCAACAGUUAAGUAAUUUUAACUUGGAAAGAACUGCUUUUCGUAAAGACAAUCAGCGAUGGUACAACACCACAGAUAAGGGAACUAGUGACAGGUUACCAUCAGGAACAACAUAUGCUAAGACAUUGCCAAGGCUUUCUGGUGUAGCAAACAGCAAAAUUGAAAAUAAUAGCAAAGAUGACAUAAACAUUGAAACUGUGCUUUCUGAACAAGAGGAUAUAUUUAUCUCCAAUGCAAACUUCAUUUCUUCUUCCAAAGAACUUGGUGAGUCUGAAGCUGAUGACACCUCUACAGAGAAUAUUUCUAAGCUUGCAGAUACAGAUCAGAGCAUAAACAGGAUUUGUGAGUAUCACAUCGCCAAGAAUAUGUCAUCACUUCAGAGUGAAGGACACUUUUCUCUGCAGAGCUCCCAAUGUUCAUCUGUGGAUGCUGGCUGCAGUACAGGUAGCAGCUCAUGUGCAACUCCAGUUGAGUCCCCACUGUGUUCAUCAGAUGUUAAGCAUAUUAUGUCUGAUACAGCGGUAAAGAGUGGAAAUUAUGUAAGCCCUGAUGAGAGACAGUCGAUCCUUCCAAACCAUGGGGCAUCAUAUCCAGAGCUGCAUCAACAAGGUGACACUUGUCACAGGAUCAGUGUUUCUGCACAUACACCAGUGAAUGCAGACCCAUUGUUUGGAACCUUAAGAGAUGGAAGUCAUCGGAUUUCUAAAAUUAAAGAAACCACAGGUA